AUGAUGCUAGGCCACACAAACCGGUUGGGCAGGGGGCUGGCCAACAUUCUGGGCAUCAAACUCGAAGACCAAAAACAAGACCUCCAAGCUGAGAUACUAAGCAAUUCAUCCAUUGCAUCAGAGCAAAGACACAAUUCGUUCUACGAAACUGAACCCACAUCUUCGGAAUGGAUUAAAGACCAAGUCCCGUCGAAGGAGGAGGUUAUUGCAUAUGCAGCUUCAUUAUUCCCAUUCGCUUCUUGGGUCAGCCACUACAACAUGCAAUGGCUUGCCGGCGAUUUGGUCGCUGGUAUCACCAUAGGUGCUGUAGUCGUUCCACAAGGCAUGGCCUAUGCUAUUCUCGCAAACCUGGAACCCCAGUUUGGCCUCUACUCAUCUUUCAUAGGGGCCUUGAUCUACUGGAUAUUUGGUACCUCCAAGGAUAUAUCUAUUGGUCCCGUUGCAGUUCUUUCGACCGUCGUUGGGAAUGUUGUUCAGGAUGUCCAAAAUUCGGGACAGAACGUCCAAGCCCAUGUUGUUGCGUCAGCGUUGUCAAUUAUCGCGGGCUUCAUUGUCUUCGUUAUUGGGUUACUGAGGUGCGGAUGGAUAGUCGACCUCAUUUCCAUCACCUCUCUCUCGGCUUUUAUGACGGGCUCCGCCAUCACAAUUUGUGUCGGCCAACUACCAGCACUUCUCGGUCUGUCAGGAUUUUCGAACCGAGACUCCCCAUACAAAGUCCUUGCAAACACGAUCGAACACCUCAGAGAAGCAGGUUACGAUGCUAUCGUCGGAGUCUCAGCCCUAUCAAUUUUAUACCUUAUCCGUCAAGGCUUCACCGCUGCGGCAGACCGAUAUCCAAAGCAUAAAAGACUAUUGUUUUUCACCAACACAAUGCGUUUCCAGAAUAUUGGUGUUCCAAAACUAACGACGGAGCUCAUUUCGGACUUUGUACCUUAUCUACCAGCCACCGUUAUCGUCUUGCUUGUUGAGCAUAUGGCGAUUUCCAAGUCGUUUGGGCGUGUCAACAACUAUACCAUCGAUCCAUCUCAAGAAAUGGUUGCCAUUGGUAUGGCUAACCUUGUUGGGCCAUUCCUUGGGGCAUAUCCAGCUACAGGCUCAUUCAGUCGUACUGCAAUUCAGUCGAAAGCUGGCGUACGAACCCCCGCUGCUGGGAUAAUCACUGGACUGGUGGUUUUACUUGCAACGUACCUAUUGACCGCUGUCUUCUUUUAUAUACCAAGUGCCGCUCUUGCGGCCGUUAUCAUUCACGCCGUAGGAGAUCUCGUUACACCUCCCAACACCAUUUACCAGUUCUGGAGAGUUUCACCGAUCGAGGUGUUUAUCUUCUUUACCGGUGUUACCGUCAGUGUCUUUGCACGAAUAGAAGAUGGGCUGUAUGCUACGGUUCUCCUUUCAGGAGCUGUGUUUAUCUACCGUGUCCUGAAGGCCAAAGGCAGGUUUCUUGGCAAAGUAAAGGUUCAUUCAGUCAUUGGCGACCAUGUUAUUGGUGACGAUCACCGAAAGGUUGUCGGGGAGUAUGGCACAAUCGAGGAUUCCGAUGUUUCUGCAAGAAAUGUUUUUAUACCCCUUGGCCAUGGGGAUGGCUCAAACCCCGAAGUUGAAGUUGGUCAUCCGUAUCCCGGAAUUUUCAUCUACCGCUUCUCUGAAGGCUUCAAUUACCCCAAUGCUAACUCCUCUCUGGACUAUCUGACCGACUUCAUUCAGUCCAACACGCAACGCAGCAGUCCCGAAGCUUUUGAACGACCAGGCGAUAGGCCGUGGAAUAACCCAGGGCCAAGGAAAUCCGCAAAACGUCCUGUUAAUUCAGAUCCAGACUCUGCACUUCCGACAUUAAAAGCGGUCAUCUUGGAUUUCAGUUCUGUCAACAACGUCGACAUUACCUCGAUCCAACGACUGAUCGAUAUCCGCAAUCAGCUCGGUUCAUAUGCCUCUCCUGACGGUGUAGAUUGGCAUUUUGCUUGCAUAAACAACCGAUGGUCCAAGAGAGCAUUGGUGUCAGCAGGUUUUGGAGUCCCAUACAAACCCAAUGAAGGCACAGCACCUCGAAGAUGGAAAUCAAUUUUCAGCGUAGCGGAAAUCGGAGUCAAGGACUCUGCUGCUACAAUCGCUCAGGAGACAGACCUCGACGAAAUAGCACCAAAACAUAUGGAUAACACAGACGAAGAGCCCUUGAUUGGGGGAUUUUCCUCGAUAAAAUCCUAUGGCUCAAUGUCAUCGGGAGAUCUCGAGAAGCAGAAGCGGAGAGGUGCUGUUGUUCAUGGCCUGGACAAACCACUGUUUCAUGUAGACUUGACAAGCGCGUUACAGAACGCAAUAACUAAUGUGGAAGAGAGGAUGAUAUCAAGAGAAACAGCACACGGCUAA